GGCGAAGUUAGUGGGAGGGGAAUCAAUGAAGCAUCUUUUUACCUACCCCCUCAGGGGCGAUCGUGGGGAGGUGCCGCUGGUGUCGCAGGUGAGCGGUUCUGUGACGGAGGAGGCGGCCAGGGAAGUGGCGGUUCCAUGGUCAGUGGGUGCCCUCAUAGUGGGAAGGGUCCCGGAGGAGUCAGCGACAAGUGGCCGCGCCGCUUGCUGCCGGGUUUGGUCCUAGGGUUGUGGCGUAGCGGGACUGCACGCUCAGGAGAAACGCCACGCGCGUCUGUCUCCUGACUGGGGAGGCUAGAGAGGGCCCAGGCCACGGAAACAAGACUGCAGAAGUUUCUGGGCACUCAGUCGGGACUCUCAUUUAAUAUCCAGAGAGAGGAUUCUCCUUUCAGAUUGUCCCGACUCCACCGGGACUCCUACCAGCAGCAACCGCGUCGUUGUGGCCGAGUCAGGAAUUAUCCAGCCUGCCCCUGCUACUAGAUGAAUGGAAGACGAUGAUUUGAAUUAAGUGCCAGCAGAGAAUUAUCCUUGGUUUUUGUGCUUUGCAGCAUUCCCCAAAUUGUUUUCACAUCUUCUCUUACUAUAAAAACUGCACUGAAGUUAAAAAAAUGAAGCAGUUAAAAAGAAAAAGGAAAAGCAAUUUUAGUGUUCAAGAAACUCAGACCCUUUUGAAAGAAAUUACAAAAAGGAAAGAAGUCAUUUUUUCCAAGCAGCUCAAUACAACAAUUAACGUGAUGAAGCGAAUGGCUUGGGAAGAGAUUGCACAGUGUGUGAAUGCUGUGGGAGAAGGAGAACAGAGGACAGGGACAGAGGUGAAAAGAAGAUACCUUGACUGGCGAGCACUUAUGAAGAGAAAGAGGAUGAAGGCCAACAUUAAGCUGGUCGGUUCAGGAUUUCCCCUUCCCUCCUCUGAUUUAGAUGACUCUCUCACUGAAGAGAUAGAUGAAAAGAUUGGAUUCAGAAAUGAUACAAAUUUUGACUGGCAAAACGUGGCUGAUUACAGGGAUGCAGGUGGUUCCUUAACUGAGGUUAAAGUGGAAGAGGAAGAAAGGGAUCCCCAGAGUCCUGAAUUUGAGAUUGAGGAGGAGGAAGAAAUGUUAUCAUCCGUCAUACCAGAUCCCAGGAGAGAAAAUGAACUUCCAGAUUUCCCCCACAUUGAUGAGUUUUUUACCCUUAAUUCAACACCAUCUAGAUCUGCAUAUGAUGAGCCUCAUUUGCUUGUCAGUAUUGAGAAACAGAAACUAGAGUUGGAAAAACGACGACUGGAUAUCGAGGCUGAAAGACUGCAGGUGGAAAAGGAACGCCUACAAAUCGAGAAAGAGAGGCUGCGGCAUUUAGACAUGGAGCACGAGCGGCUUCAGCUGGAGAAGGAACGGCUGCAGAUUGAAAGAGAGAAGUUGAGGUUACAGAUAGUCAAUUCAGAGAAACCAUCCUUGGAAACUGAACUUGGUCAAGGAGAAAAGUCCAUGCUUCAACCACAGGACAUAGAAACAGAGAAGUUAAAACUUGAGCGAGAACGCUUGCAACUGGAAAAGGAUAGGCUGCAGUUUUUGAAGUUUGAAUCGGAGAAGCUACAGAUUGAAAAGGAGCGCUUACAAGUAGAGAAAGACAGACUUCGAAUUCAAAAAGAAGGACACUUGCAAUGAUUUUUCCAGGCCUCCAUUUAGCAAAUAUUUGAAGACUGUAGAUUUCUCUCAUAUCAGGUGAUAGAAUGAUGGUUGCUGGAUUAGCUGUGGUUUCUUUUCUUGUCUCAUGUCAGUGUUCAGUAGGAAAAAGUUAUAUGUGGAUAACUGUAUGCCUAAGUAGUAUAUAAAAACUGUGCCCUAGCAUAAACAGCAUAGUGGAAAUUUACUGUGCUGGACUCUCUACCUUAUAAUAUUACAUAGAGUCUUGUAUAGUCUGUGUACCCAGAGUUUACAAUUAUGUCUAUAUAAAAUUCUAGCCCAGAAGUUCUCAACUGGGGUUGAUUUUGGCCUUUAGAAGACCAAUUUGGCGAUGUCUGGAGACAUGUUUGGUGGUCAAAACUGGGGUAGGGAAAAGGUUGCAAUGCAUACUUCCUCAACCCCCCUUCCCCUGCCACAGACUCGGUAAAGAAUUUUCCAACCCAAAAUAUCAUUAGUGCUGAGGUUGAGAAAUCCUGUCCUUGCUUAACUCUGUACCUCUAUAGCUAUGUUUUAUAGUUUUAGAAUAUUAAAACCUCAGAUAUUUAUGUGGAUAGGUACUUAAAUGGCCAAAAACUUUAACUAUGAAAUGUUACUAUGUAGUAUAUUGAAUAUAGGAAGUGAUGAAGAUUAUAGGUAUUUUAUUCCCAUGAUUACAUCUAUAAAUAGCCUUCUCAGAUUCAGAAAACAAUACACGGAACAUUAGAGAUUAUCUAAAAUGGGUCACUUUGAAAAGAAUUAUUUAUCUCACUUCUAAUGCUUUAGAAGGAAGAGGUAAUUUUAAAGCUUUAGUUCCUUUUCUUUCAGUAAUUUUCUUGGUUUGGGUACAAAAAUUGUCGUUUCAAUAAUGUACUGAAAUCUUAUAAGUAAAUGGUUGAAGCUAGUAAAAAUGAUAACAGUAUAAAAAUGGUACCUGUAUUCCGUGAGCUUGAACCCAAUGACUGAUUGUUUGACUUUUAAAAUAAGCAAUAGCAGCCAUUUGGGAGUGGGGGGUGGGUGGGAAAAUGUACUCCGUAUCAAAUAAUAAUGAUGAUGUUGAAAUAAUGAUAGUAGCUAUGUGUUAUGGAUUAGAGAAGCACUUAUUACACUAUCUAACCUGAUAUGUAGAACAAUUUUUUAGAGUUGUAUCUGUUGUUAUUCCUGAAUCUGAAGCUCAGAGAAGUCACACAGAGUAAAUGGCUGAUCUUUUAUAUUGUAGCAUAUUUUGUCCUUCCCCCUUCCCUGAGGAACAAAGUACAUAUCUUUAGUUUCUUUGAUAUUUAUUCUGAGACCAAGGGCUUGUUUAACCUGAUGAUUUUCCUUCAAUUGUCUGAAACUGCUUUCUCCACAAUCCAAGUGAUUCUGAUGCACACUAAAGUUGAGAAUCACUGUACUGAUCACUUUGUGUUUUCUGAUUUUCAAGGUUGAUACGUAGCUUUAAUAUAGCUCUUCUGUUGACCUUGAUUCUGCGUUUCUUCCUUGUUAAGAGUGGCUUGAAACUCAAAUGUAUGUUGACAUUUGAGGAUGGGUAUGCAAGGAAAAAAUAUACUUCUGUUUACUUACUCUGUCUUUGAAAUAGUGUUAUUUUUCUAUAUCUGAGAUAAAUGCUUCUACUGUAGAAAUAAAUUUGCCUAUACUAUCUGA